AUUUUUGAGGAAGUGGAACCACCGAGGGACAGGUGGAGAGUAUUAUAUUGUUGGGAAGUGAAUGAAAGAGGUGGCAGUAGCGCAUGCAGGUGAGGAUGGAUGAGGAGUGUGACUAUCUAUUCAAAACAGUGGUGAUUGGAGACUCGGGGGUGGGGAAAUCUAAUCUCCUCUCCAGGUUCGCUACAGAUACCUUCCACUUGGAUUCCAAACCAACCAUUGGUGUGGAGUUCGCUUACAAGAAUGUGAGGGUCUGCGACAAUAAGGUUAUCAAGGCUCAAAUUUGGGACACUGCUGGUCAAGAGAGGUCCGUCCCUACCCUACCCCCUUCUCUAACUUCAAUUUUUUCUUCUUCAUAAAACAUCAGUAAUUAACAUAUAUGCAUGAUGGAAUACUACCGGGGAGCACUGGGCGCGCUGCUGGUGUAUGACAUCACGCGGAGGGUGACGUUUGAGAACACAAAGAAAUGGCUGCUCGAAGUGAGACAGUUCGGAAGCCCGGAGAUGGUCGUCGUUCUCGUUGGCAACAAAUCUGACCUGGGAAGCGAUGCCCCAUCAUCUUCAAGAGAAGUGCAGGCGGAGGAGGCGCAGAUCUUCGCCCAGUCAGAGGGCCUCUCCUUCCUGGAAACCUCUGCAAUGGGGAAUGUGAAUGUGGAAGAGGCGUUUCUGGAGAUGAUCACCAAGAUCCAUGACGUUAACAAGAGGCCGAAAAGCUUUGACGCUAACAAUAUGGUGAUCCACGACCCUCUCACUCUUCAAAUGGGAAAGGAGGUCAUUCACAUUGCUGCAACCAAACACGCUCCUAAUUGUUGUGCAUACUGACUGAUGAUAUUAUAUUAUUGCAACUUCUAGCUGCAAAUCAAUUAAAUUGCUUAUGGUGAGAUGACAGACCUCGUUUGGAUUGACUUCUAUUUCCCAUUACUUCCUGGAAUAGAGGUGUCUUCUAAUGUCCAUAUUUCCAUUAACAAGCUAGCUGGCUAUGUAUUGAGUAAGCUAUUCCGGCUUUCUAAUCCCGGCCCCUUUUUUACUAUCAGCACAAUCUAUGUGAAUUGCAAAUUUAUCCAACUUCCAGGCCAAGUAUAUUGUGAUAUACUUGAACCCUUUCCAGGGUGUUUUUGUCC